GAUGGCGAUGUAUGGAGCUCAGUGAUGGACAUAAUCUCCCUCCAUUACGGUGUUACCGACAUGGCACGACAAACAGGAGCUGUCUGGAGCUGCAGUGAGACCGAGUGACAGUCGGUGACGGGAAAGUCGCCAGCUGUGUCUCCGGUUUGAUAGACACUCUAUUUAUGUAUCGGGCACUUGUAUCGUAUGCAUCAAUGUGUCGGUGAUGCAGGUGCACCAUGUGUAGGGACACGCGUGUUUGUAUGUGACACAGACGCUGAUGUACUGGUACUGGGCGGACGUAUUGGAGGUGUAGGAGCAAGCAUCUUAACAGCGGCUGAAGCUGAGUGUAGAUGGUAGCCACACCGUUGUGAGUCAGUGUCUGGUGUACCAGAACAACAUGGACAACUCGAGCGGAAACGUACUCGGGGUGACUGCAAAGGUAAUUUCCACGUUACCCCUGCCUGGAACGCCGACCAUGCAGCAGUCAAGUCAAGACAUCCGUCGGAACUCUAGCAGCACCAUCCCCUACCCCCGGGAUGGCUCACACCGGCGCCUCUCCAGCAGUCUCUCAGCUGGCAUAGUAACAUGUGACCCAACAUUGAAGGACUGGACGGACCGCUACAUGUACAAACAUUGUCCAGAAUGGAAGGCUAUGUACCCAGAGACAAAAGGAAAACGUCAGUCGCCGAUCAACCUGUUUUCACAAGACGCCGUGUACGACCCUUCAUUGACGAAAAGUCAGAUGACCUUCGCAUACAGCACAUCACGUGACACAGAAAUACUUAACAACGGUCACACAUUGGUCAUCUACCCGAGGUCAAAGCAAGUGUUGAGCGGGGGUCCCCUGUCCCACGGGAGUGAGUACGAGCUGGGGGAGAUCCGCUUCCACUGGGGUCGGGAUGACUCCCGGGGCUCCGAGCAUACCGUCAACAACAAGGCGUUUCCUAUGGAAGUGCAACUUAUUCACUGGAAUACCCGUCACCAAGACAACCAAGAGGAUGCCUUGGGUCGGCCAGGGGGCGUGGUUAUUGUAUCCCUCUUCACGCAAGUAGGCCGCGAGCAUCAAGGAUUGCGAGUCAUCACCGACGGUCUCGAGGAUGUCCAAUAUAAGGGUCGUCAGAAAUCCCUACUGACCGGUUUCAACCCUGCGUGCCUUCUUCCAGACCCUUCUUUAAGAGAUUUCUGGACGUACGACGGCUCGCUCACAGCGCCCCCUUGUAACGAAGAGGUGACGUGGAUCCUCUUCCGGUACCCUCUGAUGAUCUCACAUCCGCAGAUAGAGGAGUUCCGGCGCCUGCGUACCACGAGCAAAGGCGACAUACUUCGCGUGGGAGAUGACGGAAUUAUGGUUGACAACUUCCGGCCAAUCCAGCCUCUUCACGGGCGGAAGUGCCGAGCUUCUUUCCAGUCUUGACCAAUCAGGGCGCUCCUAUGACAGAUCAUGACAUCAUGGAUAUUUAUAAUACAGCGCGGAAUUCUUUUGGAGACAUUGAUGUUGAGAACGUGUUAAUAGUGACGAACAUUCCUAUACUUGAGUGGGUGUCUGUAAACGCAAAACGUCUCUGGAAUGGCAAAUCUCUACUGGAGAUAUUUUAUUGAUGAACGAAGUCGAUGUUGACAAACUGAGGGUGCCCUUGGACAUAGAAGAGCCUCCUUUUCAACGAUAUCUUCCCGGGUAUCACCACCCUGGGAGGUAGUAUGAGUAAAACAUUCAAGGGACCAAGCAUCCAGAUCUGGGUUUUCAACUGGACAGGAUGUUGGUACUACAAAUUCAUCAAUGUGACGACAUGGUGGAACGGAAAGGGUAGUGAAAUUAAGCUUUGUCUCAAUAACUACAGGGACCAGUAUCUCAGGUACUAAUGGUAUCUCAGGUACUAAUGGUAUCUCAGGUACUAAUGUCGGACACAUGAAGAUCCGGGUUAGAACAGGUCUUCAGCAACACAUGCUUGCCGUAAAAUGCGACUAUGCUUGUCGGCCAUGCUUGUCGUGAGAGGCGAUCCGGAUCAGGUAGUCAGGCUCGCUGACUUGG